CUCAUCUCAUGGAAGCCUAGGAUUCCUUGUUCAACCAAGACCCAAAGAGUACCAUCCUCCUUCACUGACACCUGCAGCACAAGGCACAUGCUGACAAGGUCUGUUGCAGACACCAAAACAUAUCUCAGGAAAAGCAGCAACAUUUUACAAGGCUCGAGGAUUUCCAGUACAUCAGUGGCAGGCCAAGAAGGAGCACCUCUUCUACUGCUAUGAGGGAUCUUCCAAAAGUGUACACUUUGGGUGACAAUUUCCAAGAAAACAUUGAAGCAGGACUGCAUCCAAAGCAGGACUGCACCCCUUCUUCAAGCAGCCUGGGCAGCACUUCUGAGCUUGGAGACCUGCUGAGCAAACUUUCACCACUUAAUUCUUCCUACCGGACACAGAGGGGAGCAGCCAAGAGACACGUCAGCCAUAGAGAAAGGAAACCUCUAAGCCCUACCCCUGUACCAUUAACUAUUGUCCUCUACAAGAUCUGGAAAACAUGAAGGCUGUAGCCCUCUUCAUUUGUCUCGUAGGACCAGUUUUUGCUAUUUCAACCCAUCCUGUAAACCACAAGCUCAGAACUCACAGACAGAAAACUCCAGAAAAGAGUGAAUAUAUUCAUUCUGAAGCUUCAAAGGAAGAGAACACAGGGUAUGUAGACAAGGGUGAUUUGCUGCCCACUCCCAGAAACUUAAAACCAGGCUCUGAAGACAGGGAUGAACCCCAGACCAUGAGGAAACAAGAAAGCACUGGCAGCGAGCAUCAAGCGAAAAACAGCCUGAAAAGCAUCGAUUUCCUUGCACUGCUCAAUAAACUAGGUUUGGCUUCUAAUAACCAGGACAGCGACUCUGGGAGCAGCGGCAGAGACCAGUCCAGCUCAGAGUACGACCAGGUCAGGAAACAUGAGAAACAUAGGAACACGGCAAACCGACACCUUCCAGGCGACGCAGAACACCCAGUGGGUGCUUUCAGGCUUCAUCAUGAGCAUAACAUGUGGAAAUAUAACAAAAAUGCUGUUGGUCUGUCCGAAAAAAACAGUGAAAGCGAUGAUGAGGAAAGCAUGGAAGAAGACAAGAAAUGGGGUGAAGAAACUGAUUACAGAGACACAAAGCACAAAGACGAUCAGAUGCACCAAGAUGACUGUUACAAAAGACAGCAACAUGAGAACAGCAUGCAAUUAGAUGAACUCCUGAGAGAUUCCAGCCAACCAACUUGGAAAACCAAGAGACACAGCGAGAAAUUUGACCUAGAAGAAGAAGAGAGGGAGAAUAGGAAGAAGUCCUAUAAAGAAGAAAUCCCCCUCUCUGAAAAAACUCAUAAUGAAUAUAAGGAUGGCAAUCAGCAAAGUCAAGAGAGAAAAUACCAUACUGAAGUGAACUAUCAGAGUGAUCAUGACACAGUGGUGAAAAUACAAGAUAGGGAAGACAGUAAUGAUGAUGAUGGUCACAACAAUGGUGACAUUGAUGGUGAGGAAUAUCUCAGCAAUACCUGGAAAGAAACAGCCUAUGAGGAAGAGGAGAGAAUCCAGAGUAAUGACCAGGAGAGCACCAGUACUGAGCCUGAAGGGGAAGGAACCACUGAAGAUGACACUGCAGUUCACAGAGAGACUAAGGAUUACCAAGUUGUCAAGAUUAAAGACCUUGCUCACUCUGGACAAGAUUAUUAUGGUCAUGAGCCACCUGAUUCUGACAACAAGCAACAACUGAAAAUUAGUAGUUCCAUUCAGAACAUGAAUUCAAUGGAGAGUGAAGAGAAGGUUAAGACUACAGACAGUUCCCAUGGCAAGAUGGAAAGUGUCAGCAACAGGAAUGAGGAGGCUCUCCUUGGACUGCCAGACACAUGCCGGAACUUCCAUUGCAAAAGAGGCAAAGUCUGUCAUGCAGACAAACAAGGGAAACCCCACUGCAUUUGCCAAGAUCCUGCUGCUUGCCCUCCCACCAAAGAUUAUGAGCAUGUUUGUGGUACGGAUAACAAGACUUAUGAUAGCAUAUGUCAACUCUUUGGCACCAAAUGUCAACUGGAAGGGACAAAAAUAGGACGCCAGCUGCACCUAGACUAUAUGGGCUCCUGCAAAUACAUCCCCCCCUGUACUGAUUAUGAAGUGGAUCAGUUUCCCCUCCGGAUGCGAGACUGGCUUAAGAACAUCCUUAUUCAAUAUUAUGAACAUGACCUGAACACUUCUGGGAUUCUAACUGAAAAGCAAAGGAAUAAGGUAAAAAACAUCUACUGGAAUGACAAGCGCCUUGUGGCUGGUGACCACCCGAUUGAGCUGCUCCUGCAUGACUUUGAGAAAAAUUACCACAUGUAUGUGUAUCCUGUGCACUGGCAGUUUCACCAGCUUGAUCAGCACCCUGUUGACAGAUUAUUAACACACUCGGAGCUUGCACCCUUGAGAGCCUCCCUUGUUCCCAUGGAACACUGCAUAACCCGUUUCUUCCAAGAGUGCGAUGGAGACCAGGACAAACUCAUUGCUUUGAAAGAAUGGUGCCACUGCUUUGGGAUUAAGGAAGGUAAACCUAAAAGAAUAGGCAGAUGUACCUGACAGAAUGUUCCCACCAAGAACAUUACUCAGACCUCAAAGUAAGGCAAAGAAAUUGCAAGCAGAAGUCCAUGGCUACUGUGCUGAGAGGAAAACAGAACACUAAUAACAAGACUACAAAAGGUCAGUGGGGUUAACAACAUAGCACAGGUUAAUCCCAGAAGAGUUAUGGGAUGGAAGGCAUUUGGCCAAACAAGCAGACUGAAGAAAUGUGUUUAAAAUCCCAGUAGCAAGUCCCUAAUUAAGGUGGAAGCUUAUGGGGGGAUAGAAUAGAGAUGGUAUAGAAAGUAAUCUUACCCCUAAGGAGUAGCAGCUGGGCCAAUUAUCAAAAACGAGGAGAAGGCCUAACUUCAACAGGCCAGAGCUGUAACUAAUAAGAACAACGACAGCUAUAAAAGAGUGGGUUGGUUUGUUAAGAGAACUCACCCCAAAGUAGGAAGGGAACUGGAGUCACUUGGUUACCUGGUGAGAGAGAAAGGGUGUGCUUGGAGGAGCUGCUCACCAGAAAACACUGAAAAGGUAUGAAACUUUUGUAAUAAAGAGAUGAUAGCAUAAAAUUCCUGUUACAUAUAUGCAGAUAUGACAACAGAGGCUGAUUCUGGUCCGAAGUUAGACUCAUGGAACCUUUGCUCUUCCCAGAAUUUUUCCAGCUCUUCUUAUGACAUUUUAUCUGUUAUGAAGGACGAGAGCUGCUAGGAGUUAUCUUAGUACAUGUAUACUUCUGCCAGUGAUUGCUCAUUCAUAGCAUCAGUCACUUUAUUGACAGUGAUACAGCAUAAAAAAGUCUAUUUGGCAUAAAAUGUUGAUAAUGUUUUCUUCUUCUUUGUUGCAGAGGACAUAAAUGAAAAUCUCCUUUUCUGAGCCUGGCUGAACAGACUCCCACAACGGCACUAAAACUGAUGAAUCCUGCUUACUUCUGAAAUUAACAGCUUUCAAGAAAAUGGUGGAAUGAGGUUCACUGAAUUCUUAUCAAACAAUCUAAGUGCAGAAAAUUUCUACAUUCAUUAACAGCAGAAAAAUUUAACUACUUCAUAGCUAAAAAACCAGUGUUCCCCCCACAUGUAUCCAUGAUCUUUCUGAACCAAUAACUACUACUAACCUAAUGACUAAGCUGUUCACAAAACUCUUUAAUAGAAUUAUAGAAUGUAGAUGUUAUCACCCACUGAAAUGGGACCUGUUUCCUUUAUUGACUGUAUUGUCAGCUUAACACGCUGCAUAGAAGUAUCAAAUAAAAUAGAAGUCUAUUUGAUAUAUGGGUUUCGUCACAACUUUGUUGAAGAAAAUUGUGUUUCUUUCACCUUUGCCCAUCUUUUGCUCUCCUCAAGAGGCACAAUUUAAGCAUUAAAAAACCCAGGACAACAUGAGAUUACUCCUGAAUCCCCAUAAAUUUGUGAUUUUUUAAGGUAAGCACUUCACUGAAAACAUUCCAAGCAUAUUCUGCUUUAAGGAAAAAGCCCCAAAUUCCUACAAAGGAUAAUCAGCAAACACCUUUCAUCUGAACCAUGUCACCUCUCCAAAGAAAAGAAGAUGGGAGUCAGAAAUGCUAUUUUGGUAGCUUAAAUAGUGGAAGUCCCAUCCCCCUCUGCUAAUUUGCUCUUGAACCAGCAAAGGCUGAUGCCCUGGGAUACAAUGAAUUAAGCUGUGAUUGUUUUCAACACAAGGACUUCUUACACAAACCAGAGAUUACUUCCUAGCAUUGCCAGUUUUCCAUAAUCCUGACUUGUUGCUCACUUCACAUUUUGCAACAUUACACGGCAGUGCGUAAAUAACUCAACCUGGAUGGCAUGUACAAAAGCACAUUUUCUAUGCUAGUUCCAUUUCGAAAAGAUCCUUUCUCUGGGAUUUCAAAUGUCUUGGGAGAGAAAGUAAUUUUGACAGCACUUUUCCAGCCUGGCUGCAGCCUAUUGCUUAUUUGCUCUGGUUUUUGUUUAACCCACACAAAGUUGGAUGGCAGAAAGCACAGCUCUCAAACUCCAAGUACACUGUUGGUACACAGCUGGCCUCAAAAGGUAAUUACUUUAAGCCAUAAAUUCCCAUUUCUUCAGGAAAAAGAAUUCAUGAUGUCUCUCGGUUUGCAGCCUCAGUACUCUCAGUAUUAUCAUCUGAGUACUCCUCCAGCAUCACUACAGUCAGAAUAUCUACAGUGAAAAAAUAAACAACAAAUACUCUUUUCAUAACACAUUUCCCCUGUCAAGCCUGUCAAUCCCCUAAGGAUUAGUAGGGGUUAUUACAAAAAAAACCCUGCAGUUUUUAUCAGCUGAGAAGUAAACUAAUAACCCAAAACAUCUGCAGAAGUCAUGAGUCAUGACAUCUUGUGGUUUUCUGAUGCAAGACAGAGUAUUAAAAACUGUAUAUAGAGACUGGAGAUCCACAUCCCCUGACUCUCUAAGAAGGAUCUGCUCUUGCAGAUCAUGCUUUCAAAACCCAACUACACUGCUGGGAGUCAACUCUGCAUAAUGCAUCACAUCACAGAAGAAAGCAGAUGGGCAGGAAGAGGUGAGCAAGGAUUUAAAGAAAAAUUUAUACCUCUUGACAUUACCUUUUCUUUGAAAAGAACAUACUAGUAACUCUGCAAGAUUCACAGUGUUUCCUGUAUAAACACCCAUAACUCCUCCAGGUUUCACCAGCUAAUUGGGAGGCAGGGGUAGAGUUGAAAAGGAGGAAGUCCUAAACCCAUUAAUUAGUUAAGCAGAAUGUGGAUAAAGUCUCAACAGUGCAUGAGUGUGUCACAGUACUGUUACACAAGGUAAUUCCAGACCAUGACAUUUAUCACCAACUUACUUCAACACGUGGAUCAAAAUUCCUGAAGUCCUCAGGUCUCAACAUCAACUUUCAGCUGUCACUGUCACCAACUCCUGACACCAGUACACAAUUAACAGCAAUUGAUUAAAAACACCGAGAGAAAUGUCAGCAACUGUUGCGCAGCCCCUGUUAGCAGCAUAAAUGCCAUAGAAAGCCCCCAUCAGCCUCCUGACUGCAAGUUAUUCACAUCACCUGUAGUGUAAGAAACCAGCACAAUUUACCAGAUUAUAUUUCAAGGCUGCUCUUACUAGUGAUUCUGUUUAUGAUGCAGUCUCCACAAUGGCUGUACUGUACCCACAAGCCGGGGGAAUAGAAGGAACCACAAAAUUCAGCUCCUCAAAUCAGUCACCAUUUCUUUUGACGCAGAGGCAC